GUAACAAUCAUUUGAGUGUAUAUGUUACUUUAGUUGUGUAAAAAUUUUUUAGAUUUUGUUUUUGAACCCUUUAUAAUGUGUAUCAAUAAUUUUUUACAAAAUUUUAGUUUUCUAAAAAUUUAAAAACAAGUAUAAAUAUUUAUUAAUAAAAUAACAAAAAAUACAAUAAUAUUACAAUGAAAGAAUAAUAAUACGAUAUUUGUGGUAUAAUGUGUGAGUUGCUGUAUGUUGGGAAUAAAUAGUAUAAGGGCGAGGCAUUUGGAGAACAGUUUAUCCCAAUACUUUAGGAUAAACUCCUCUGGCCUUGGGAUCUCUGCGUUUCUGAAGUUCUACUUCAUGGCUAAUAGGGUUUCAACAGGUAAUAGGGCAUGGAUUUCACAGCACUUUCGGGAAGUGAUGCGCUGGAAACUGUUAAUUGAGCAUACAAGUUCCAAACCACUCACCUGGACUUCAGUUAUGAACACUUAUUUACUCAGUGAUCGAUGGCGCCUGAUGAGUAAUAACAAGAAUUUAGCUCCUCACAUCAGGUGUUCAUUCCCUGAAGAGCUUUUCUCACUAAUUGAGGAUGAAUAUGGACCAGAAAAGGCUGUGAGAAUUUGCAAUAUUCUCAACGAGGAGCCAGUCACUUUCCUUAGAGUCAAUACCCUUAAAAUCUCAAGAGACAAAGCCUAUAAAUUUUUACUUCACAAGGGAGUCCCAGUUGAGAAGUGUGUGUUUUCUAAUUCUGGUUUAUUUGUGCAGGAUAAACGGAAGUUGUUGGAGUGCCCUGAAUAUAAGUCAGGAAUUGUGGAAAUACAAGACGAGUCUAGUCAAAUAAUAGGCCAAAACAUCAACUGUGCUGAGGGAGAUCAUGUAUUGGAUUUCUGCUGUGGAUCUGGCGGUAAAUCACUUGUUUUCGGUCCAAAACUUGGUAAUAGAGGUCGAAUUUACCUUCACGAUGUGAAUAAUAAUCUGCUCCAAAAGGCCAAAAAAAGGAUGCACAAGGCAGGAAUCAGGAACUAUUAUAUACUUGAUAGAAAUUUAGAAAAAAUGAACAAGUUCUACGGGAAAAUGGACUAUGUUAUCGUUGAUGUUCCCUGUUCGGGAAUCGGUGCUUGUAGGACUAAUCCUGACCGGAAAUGGACUUUUAAUAGAGAAAACUUGAAUGGCUUGGUGAUGAAUCAGAGGAUGAUAGUGGAGGAGUCUUUGCCAUUUUUGAAGAAUAAUGGGAAAUUGGUGUACAUUACGUGCAGUAUUUUCAAGGCUGAAAAUCAGUCUCAAGUUGAUUUUUUCUCAAAAAAGUAUAAUUUACACCCUGAAGAACAGAUACUUCAACUUCCAGAGUCCAGAGGCAUGAACGGAUAUUAUAUGGCAACACUAGUUAAUUCUGUAAAUUAA